CGUUAUAGAAACCAAUAGGCCCAUCGGACGGCACUCCUUAAUUCGUACCAACGCCAACCUCAUUUCUUCCUCGUCUCCCCGCCCCCUUGUCUCUCUCGUUUUUCGCUUUUCACUCUUUUACUCUCUCUAUCUCACUCAAUUAGGGUUAGGGUUUUAUACAAUUCCCCCAAAUUCACUUCUCUCCUCUUCUUUUCCCUCUAUGUAAUGCUUCUCAAUCCUCAGUUUCACCCUCAGACUCGCCAAUGUACGGUCAUUCCCAACCUAUGAACGUUCAUCAUCAGAUCGCUGCCCCUGCCGCGGAUGACGAAGACGGUGCUGCCGCUGACUCGAUUGACCAUCAUCACAUUCGUUAUGAAGACGGUAAUGCUACUGGUGUUGUCGUAGAGGAUGUAUCUCACGAUUCUGUUUACGUUCCUAGCAGUGGUGCUGGCUCCGAACUUGUUGUUCACAGAGGCGAUGUCUCCAGCCAACUCACAUUGACGUUUCGCGGUCAAGUUUAUGUAUUCGAUGCUGUUACCCCUGACAAGGUUCAAGCAGUGUUAUUACUACUGGGUGGAUGUGAACUAACUUCUGGUCCGCAUGGUCUGGAAGUAGCAGCUCAAAACCAAAGGGGUGCGGUGGUGGAAUAUCCAGGACGUUGUACUCAACCCCAGAGAGCAGCCUCGUUAAAUAGGUUCAGGCAGAAGAGGAAAGAACGAUGCUUUGAUAAGAAAGUUAGAUAUAGUGUUCGUCAAGAGGUUGCACUCAGGAUGCAGCGAAAUAAGGGUCAAUUUACUUCUUCCAAGAAGUCAGAUGGAGCAUAUGGUUGGGGUGGUGGUCAGGAUUCAGGACAAGAUGACAUCCAGCAAGAAACCACGUGUACACAUUGUGGUAUCAGUUCAAAAUCUACCCCAAUGAUGCGGCGUGGUCCAUCAGGUCCAAGGUCACUUUGUAAUGCCUGUGGGCUUUUUUGGGCAAACAGGGUAAGGGAAAAGAAGGAUGGUAGUAAACCUAGAUGGAGUAGAGAUGCAAUUGCAGUUAUGCGACUAAACUUGGUUAGUUGAAGGUAAAAGUGAAGGGCUAUGAAACUGUGAUUAAGAUGGCUAUGCUCUAUGGGAGUGAAUUCUGGAUGCUGAAGAGACAACAUAUUCUCAAAAUGAGUUCGCUGGGAUGAGGACUACUGGAUGUUAUCGAAAAUAUAACUAUUAACAGUGUAUUUGGAUGGGUGAAGGGAGGUUUUUUAAAGUAAGGUAAGAAGGUAAAUGGAGGUAAUGUUAUAAAGCCUUUUCAAUUGGUGGGUUAAAGAAUUGAGGGUUUGGAGGUUUUGAACCUCCAAUAACCAUACUACUUAAAUAACCUCCCUUCCAAACAAAGAAUGAGGGUGCAUUUGUUGGUUACUAAAGGAGGGUUGGGGGGGGGGGGUUUAAAGACUUGCUUCCCUUUGCACCUGCUUGGUAUAUAUUUUUUUAAGGAGAUUAGAGGUUAUUUCCCUCUUUGUUAUAAUAUAAUAUUAAUGCAGUAAAGGGUGGAGUAGAAAUUUUUUUUAUUU